AUGGGGGAAAACGAUGAUGAAAAAUACAGUCAGGCUGGCCAGAUAUUUGAAAACUUUGUACAAGCGUCAACAUGCAAAGGUACCAUUCAGGCCUUCAAUAUUCUCACUCGCCAACUUGAAUUAGAUCCUUUGGACAAUAGAAACUUUUACACCAAACUGAAGUCAAGAGUGACCACGUGGAAGGCCAAAGCUUUGUGGAACAAGCUUGAUAAAAGAGCAAGUCACAAAGAAUAUAAACGCGGGAAAUCUUGUAUGAACACUAAGUGUUUAAUUAUUGGAGGUGGCCCAUGUGGCUUGCGGACUGCCAUAGAACUUGCCUUUCUGGGAGCCAAAGUUGUCGUCGUGGAGAAGCGGGACACUUUUUCAAGAAACAAUGUGUUGCAUCUCUGGCCAUUUACAAUCCACGACCUCCGGGGCCUGGGAGCAAAGAAAUUCUAUGGAAAAUUCUGUGCGGGAUCUAUUGAUCACAUCAGUAUUCGACAACUUCAACUUAUCCUCUUCAAAGUUGCACUUAUACUAGGAGUUGAAAUCCAUGUGAAUCUAGAAUUCGUGAAAGUCCUGGAACCUCCUGAAGAUCAAGAAAACCAAAAGAUAGGUUGGAGGGCUGAAUUUCUCCCCAUGGAUCACCCUUUGUCAGAAUAUGAAUUUGAUGUUAUUAUUGGUGCAGAUGGCCGCAGGAACACAUUAGAAGGUUUCAGGAGGAAGGAGUUCCGUGGAAAGCUGGCCAUAGCUAUCACUGCCAAUUUUAUAAACAGAAAUACAACUGCAGAAGCCAAGGUAGAAGAAAUUAGUGGUGUUGCUUUCAUCUUCAAUCAGAAGUUCUUCCAGGAUCUUAAAGAGGAAACGGGAAUUGACCUGGAGAAUAUUGUUUACUAUAAAGAUAGUACUCAUUAUUUUGUGAUGACAGCAAAAAAGCAGAGUCUUCUGGACAAAGGAGUGAUUAUUAAUGACUAUAUUGAUACGGAGUUGCUCCUCUGCGGGGAAAAUGUGAACCAGAGCAAUUUGCUGUCCUAUGCCAGAGAAGCUGCUGACUUUGCAACCAAUUACCAGCUGCCUUCCUUGGAUUUUGCAAUUAAUCACUAUGGGCAGCCAGACGUAGCAAUGUUUGAUUUUACUUCCAUGUAUGCAUCUGAAAAUGCUGCACUAGUGAGACAGAGACACAGACAUCAGCUCCUGGUGGCGCUUGUUGGAGAUAGUUUGCUUGAGCCCUUUUGGCCAAUGGGUACUGGCUGUGCAAGAGGCUUCUUAGCUGCUUUUGAUACUGCAUGGAUGGUGCGGAGCUGGGCUCAAGGAAAACCCCCGUUAGAAAUUCUUGCUGAACGAGAGAGCAUUUAUCGACUCUUGCCUCAGACUACCCCUGAAAAUAUUAACAAGAACUUUGACCAGUAUACCAUUGAUCCUGGAACAAGGUACCCAAAUUUGAACUCAAGCUGUGUUCGGCCUCACCAGGUGAGGCAGUUGUAUGUUACCAAUGAGUUACAACAAUGUCCUCUUGAAAGAGUGAGUUCCAUUAGAAGAUCAGUGAAUCUCUCAAGACACGAGUCAGAUACUCGACCUAACAAGCUUUUGACCUGGUGUCAGAAGCAGACAGAAGGGUACCGUAAUGUUAACGUCACAGACCUGACUACCUCCUGGAAAAGUGGCCUUGCGCUGUGUGCUAUUAUCCAUCGCUUCAGACCUGACCUCAUUGACUUUGAUGCUCUGAACGAAGAGGACGUUGUCAAAAACAACCAGCUGGCAUUCGAUGUUGCUGAGCAGGAGUUUGGGAUCCCCCCUGUGACCACGGGCAAGGAGGUGGGGUCAGCUGGGGAGCCUGACAAGCUCAGCAUGGUCAUGUACCUCUCCAAGUUCUAUGAACUGUUCAGGGGCACACCUCUACGGGCAGUAGACGCUGGUGACAAGCAAAAUGGAGAACAUAAUGACCUUUGUUCAGCAAAACCAUCCAACUUCAUCUUUAAUAAUUAUAUCAAUUUAACGUUUCCAAGAAAACGAGUACCGAAGGUUGAAGGGAAAACAGAAGAACAUGAGUCUAAUAAAAGACGUCGAAAAGGUCUUUUUGGUGUCUUCGAGGAGGCUUCAGGCUUUUCAAGACAAGGGACAGAUGGGAAAGAACAGAGUGAUGGCAGAGAAGGAACAAACCAGAAUAAAGUUAAAUCAAUGGCAACUCAACUGCUGGCAAAGUUUGAAGAGAAUGCUCCAAAUACAAUUUGUCGGAGGCAGGAGCUAAUAGAUAGACCAGCCCUGCUCUCUUCUGACCCUCCUGUUAAUCCUCGCUUUGCUAAGCCUAAGGAUUCAAGUCUUCUUCCUCCUCAACCAAAAAGGCAGUUUCAGGUGGUAGCUAGGAGUGAACACGAGGUCAGGGAACCCAAACAGUCUUUAAAUGGUUCUGAUCAUAUGGCCAGGAGAGCAAAGACUGUACAAAAAACAGAUACCCAGCCCAGUCUGUCAGAAACCUCUGAAAGUCUCGCAUCUGCCUGUUCUGCUGCGUUUGUACUUUCUGGAGUGCUUGAGCGCCUUCAGCACCUGGAGGAAAAAAUGAAACAGAAAAGAGCUCAGACUAUAGCAAAUAGGGAAUUCCAUAAAAAGAACAUUAAAGAGAAAGCAGCACAUCUUGCCUCAAUGUUUGGAUACAUGGAGUUUCCAAAGAAUAAACUACCUACUAAAGACUUAUCCCAUUCUCAGCCCCCAACUCCCUCUUGCCCUCCACCUCAUGAUUCAGCUGCUGCCUCUUCUCCAUCAUCUGUCGAUUCAGCUUCCCCUGCUGUUCCUUCUAGACAGAUGGCUCCAACGGGUGGAGAACAGAAAUCAACCAACCUGAUAAAUUUCAAGAUGACCGUAGGAAAGGUCUCAUGUGCAAUUGGAGCUGUGGCUGAAGUUCUUGUCAAUCUGUAUGUGAAUGAUCACAGACCCAAGCCACAGCUUAACCCCCUUGAACUGAAGCAGUCUCUGGACAGAGCCACAGGUUCUUGCCCCAUUCCUCAUUCUCCAUCUUCUGCCUCUACUGCUCAGAGCUGUCAGGUAUUGGCAAGUGAAGCAUCUCUGCGCAAAGAAUUCCCUCAGUCUGUUGGGGGGAGUGACAUUUGUUACUUCUGCAAAAAACGGGUGUAUGUGAUGGAGCGGCUGAGUGCAGAAGGCCACUUCUUUCAUAGGGAGUGCUUCAAGUGUGACAUAUGUUCUACAACGCUCCGGUUAGGAAUUUAUGCCUUUGAUGUUGACGAAGGUAAAUUUUACUGUAAACCUCAUUUCACGCACUGCAAAAUCAGUACCAAGCAGAGAAAGAGAAGAGCAACCUUACAGAUCCAAGGAAAGGAGACAGCAGAAGCAUGGAAGAAAGAGGAACCCAAACCCACAGAGACCACCACAGAAAGCACUUUGUCUACUGCUAGCAGUCCAGAGGACAGGUCCCCAGUCCGUUUCAUCAUUCCGGUGCUGCACCCACUCACUGGCUGA